AUGUUUUUUUCUUUCUGUAGAUUUUCUGUUUUUGCUUUGGGGUCACGGGCUUACCCGAAAUUUUGCCAAUUCGGUCAAGAUCUUGAUGAACAUCUGAGAAAGCUAGGAGCUGUCCAAAUCCAUGAAGUCGGAAAAGGGGACGAACUCUGUGGUCAGGAAAAUUCGUUCAAAGAGUGGGCUUUCGGUACUUUCAAAGCCGUGUGUGACAUCUUCUCUAUCGAAGUAGCAGACAACCUCCUGGCGACACUAACAGCGUCUGACAUUAAAUGGCAGCCAUCGAUUUACCGAGUCCGGCCAGUGGCAAAUACGUCACUAAAUAUUACACAAGCCCUGAGCGAAACACACAACCAAAACGUCGUCAACUGUCGUCUGAUCAGCCGACAGAAUCUGCAAUCAAAUGAUUCCAAUCGGGAAACCAUUCUUGUCAAACUGGAAAUUGCUCCAAAUCAAGAAAUGAAGUACAGCCCCGGAGAUCAUGUCGGUAUCUUUGCAUUCAAUUCGACCGAAGACGUUGAGAUUGUUAUGAAUCAUGUCCUGGACAGACCUCAGGAUUUCGUUGAUCUCAAAGUGCAACGGCAAGAUUCCGGUUUUUGGAAGGAUCAAAAGCGAACGCCAUUUUGUAACCUGCGAACCUCUCUGACAUAUUUCUUGGAUAUCCACAGUCCCGUAUCACAGUCUUUGAUGGAAGCAUUAGCCACGAUGGCCACCAGUGAAGAAGAUAAAAAAGUCCUCACUUGUCUUUCAAAGGAUGUCAACGCCUAUCAAAAAUGGAGAUUGUGCUGUGGCCUCAGUUUUGUUGAACUGCUGCAAGAAUUUUCUUCACUUCAAUUCUCCGCCGCCUUCCUACUGACCCAACUUCCGGUCCUGCUGCAACGAUUUUACAGCAUCAGUUCAUCUCAGUUACAUGUUCCCAACCAGAUUCACAUAACUGUAGCCGUGCUCAAGUACACUACACUCAGUCCAAAAUGCCCACGUAAGAAAUUCGGCUUUUGCAGCAACUGGCUCAAUGAAAUACCAAUCGGAUCAGAAGUACCCUGUUUUAUUCGAAAGGAAAAUUCAUUUCAUCUACCCGAAAAUUCUGAGCUACCUGUUAUUAUGGUGGGGCCAGGUACUGGAAUAGCUCCUUUUCGAAGUUUCUGGCAACAAAGAAAAGAAGAAAAAUCUUCUGGUUCUACAAAAUCAGGUAAAAUGGUUAUGUAUUUUGGAUGUCGUCGGCUUGACCAUGACCACAUCUACCAAGAGGAACUGACCAUCAUGCAAUUUCAGGGCAUCUUGGACAAAGUCCAUGUUGCUCUUUCUCGACAGCCUGAAAUCCCAAAAACUUACGUUCAAAACUUGAUGGAGGCAACUUCUUCUGAAAUCUACCAACUCCUGGUCGUUGAAGGGGGCCAUAUUUACAUCUGCGGGGAUGCUGGAAUGGCUGCUGAUGUCACAAAGAUGUUGAUGGAAAUCAUCAAAAAAGAAAACAAGAAUAAAAAUCCCGAUGCGGUCAUGGAGAUUCUGAACAACGAGAACCGAAUACACAGAGAUAUCUUUGGAGCAUUAGCUCUUAAACUGAGUUCCGAAGAAUCGACAUCUGUUGCCUGCAUAAAAUGUUCAUAA